AUUGGUCAGGGGCAAAUACCACUGGCUGUGCGUCCUCAGUCACUCUGUGCCACUUCGCCAGGUUGGAGCCAAAGGAAAGUUUGAAAAAUGAACCUUUUGGGAAGCCUUAUUGUGGGACUUGUCAUCUUGGGUGUGGCAGCAACGGCCCCAACUCCAGAGUCCAUCAAUUAUGACUCAGAAACUUACGAUGCUACCUUGGAAGACCUGGACCAAACAUACAACUAUGAACACAUACCCAUUGAUCAGGCUCAGAUUGAAAUAGUGACAGCUAUGCCUUCAGGAAACAGCGAGCUCCUCACUCCGCCCCCACAGCCAGAAGAGGUUCAAGAGGAGGAGGAAGAAGAGUCCACGCCGAGGCUGAUUGAUGGGUCCUCCCCACAGGAGCCUGAAUACACCGGGGUUCUGGGCCCCCACACCAAUGAAGACUUUCCAACGUGCCUUCUGUGUACCUGUAUAAGUACAACUGUAUACUGUGAUGAUCAUGAACUUGAUGCUAUUCCUCCACUGCCCAAGAACACUGCUUAUUUCUACUCUCGCUUUAACAGAAUUAAAAAGAUCAACAAAAAUGACUUUGCAAGCCUAAAUGAUUUGAAAAGGAUUGAUCUGACAUCAAAUUUAAUAUCAGAGAUUGAUGAAGAUGCAUUUCGAAAGCUGCCUCAACUUCGAGAGCUUGUCCUGCGUGACAACAAAAUAAGGCAGCUUCCAGAAUUGCCAACAACUUUGACAUUUAUUGAUAUUAGCAACAACAGGCUUGGAAGGAAAGGAAUAAAGCAAGAAGCAUUUAAAGAUAUGUACGAUCUCCAUCAUCUCUACCUUACUGAUAACAACUUAGACCACAUCCCUCUGCCACUCCCAGAAAGCCUUCGAGCCCUUCACCUCCAGAAUAACAACAUUCUGGAGAUGCAUGAAGAUACUUUCUGCAAUGUUAAAAAUUUGACUUAUAUCCGUAAGGCCCUGGAGGACAUUCGGUUAGAUGGAAAUCCCAUUAACCUCAGCAAGACUCCUCAAGCAUACAUGUGUCUACCUCGUUUGCCUAUUGGCAGUCUUGUCUAA